AUGGAAAACGCAUGCUCUCAGCAGGUCAAAUCAGCCCAUCAACAAAUAAAAGAGACAUUAGGAGGUUACGAAUCAAAAAUAAAUUCAAACUUCGAGUCUCUCUCGGCCUCUCAUCUGGCUAAGGAGGGCGAACUGAAGUGGACUGUGGGCGAGACUGAAGGUCACUUGACAGAGGAGUGUCGAAGAGUGAAAAAAAAUUUGGAAGAGUUCACAGAGGCAGAAAUCGCCAUAAAGUAUGAAAACUGGGAGCCAGAUCUCAAAGCAUCCGAAGAGGCCCAGAGACUGGAGUGGGUAGCUGUAGAACCGUUCAUGGAAGGCGAGUACAAGAAAUUCAAUUCAAACAGCGGAGCUGUAUUCCUGUCGUCAGAAGCACUUGCCGCGUUUUCUCACUUCACUUACAUUGCUUCGGAUUGCAAAUUUGUCGUCUGCGAUUUGCAAGGGAUCCGAGCCGACGAUUACUACUAUCUAACAGACCCAGCUAUUUGCUCGCGUGAUCAAAGUUACGGACCUACGGAUAUUGGAGUUACAGGUAUUAACGCGUUUUUUGAACGCCACGAAUGUACAAAAAUAUGCAAGAACUUUGACAAACCAGAUAUCAACAUCAACUACGUUGUAAAAGGGUUGCAGCCUAAAACGAGCUCUACUUAUACUUUCGAAUUGUCAACGGCACAGAACACAGCCAAUAGGGACUUCAGAAAUCGAAAAGAUCUGCCGGCCGUUUCCGAAUAA